CCGAGUGAUGCCAUCGUUCCAACAAUGAAGGAUCUUUGUCAUUUCGCUCGCUUGUCCUUCCUGGUCACUGACAUCAACAAUAAUGGCGGCUGCUGCACGGUUCUUCAUUCGAGGAGCAAACUAUAGACUCCCCGUCUCCUCGGUCGGCACCGGGACUAGCGGUUCUGUUGGAGCAGCUUUACUCAAACUUUCUCCGAGCUGCAGCUCUCGUUCAAAAACACAACGGAGACAUGCAGCCCACUUUACCUACCAGCCUGACCCCGUCCCGACACAAUAUGGUGAAACUCAGAAGAUGAACUUGUUCCAGUCAAUUACAAGUGCCUUGGACAACACGCUCUCCAAUGAUCCCACUGCAGUCAUCUUUGGUGAAGAUGUUGCAUUUGGUGGAGUCUUCCGAUGCACCGUUGGCCUGAGAGACAAAUAUGGUAAGGACAGAGUCUUCAACACUCCCCUUUGUGAGCAGGGGAUUGUGGGAUUUGGCAUUGGUGCGGCGGUUGCUGGGGCCACAGCCAUAGCCGAAAUCCAAUUUGCAGACUACAUCUUUCCAGCGUUUGACCAGAUCGUCAAUGAGGCGGCCAAAUACCGCUACCGGUCAGGCAACUUGUUUGACUGUGGGAACCUUACUAUUAGGGCUCCAUGGGGUUGUGUCGGCCAUGGAUCUCUUUACCAUUCCCAAAGUCCUGAGGCCUUUUUUGUCCACUGCCCUGGUAUCAAGGUUGUGAUACCUCGUGGUCCAAUGCAGGCCAAAGGGCUGCUGCUGUCAUGCAUCGCUGACAGGAACCCAUGCAUCUUCUUUGAGCCCAAGAUCCUUUACAGAGCAGCUGUUGAACAGGUUCCAGUUGAGUCCUACACCAUCCCACUCUCAGAGGCUGAGGUCUUACAGGAAGGAAGUGAUGUCACUCUGGUUGCCUGGGGGACACAGGUUCAUGUGUUGAGGGAAGUAGCUGACAUGGCUCAAGAGAAACUUGGAGUAUCCUGUGAGGUCAUUGAUCUGAGGACCAUCCAGCCCUGGGAUAUUGAAACUGUUUGUAAGUCUGUGGUAAAAACUGGACGAUUGCUGGUCAGUCAUGAAGCACCAGUAACAGGAGGCUUUGCAGCUGAAAUCAGCUCUACUGUACAGGAGGAGUGCUUCCUCAACCUGGAGGCCCCCAUCAGUCGAGUGUGUGGUUACGACACCCCUUUCCCUCACAUCUUUGAACCCUUCUACAUCCCAGACAAGUGGAAGUGCUUUGAAGCAAUCAAGAAGAUGAUCAACUACUGAAGCCUAGCCAACUUCUGCUAGUCCUGAAGUCCACGCACUCUUCUCUCUUUCCACCUCCAUCAUCCAGCCAGUGGAGAGCAGCCAGGAAAGACACUUUGUUGACCGUCUGAUCAGAGCAGCAUCCAGAUGGCCUCCAUGCCCUUCUGCGUCCUCGAUCUGAAAUGUGGGAAUAAAAGAGCUAUGUUCUUUUAAAAUGGAGAAGCAACACUAUCAACUCUACAAAUGGUGUCACUGUUAGUUCGCACUUUUCUCUUGGUAAGUGAUUCUCCUCAGUUUAAGUCAAAUCCUGUAGAGAAAAACAUUUCUGGUGGAAUUUGUGAGUUUUUAUCCAUCAGUGCUGUUACUUUUGAAUGUUUGUAAACCUGCUUCACUCUUUAUUUAGUUUGACAUGACAUGGAUUUCAUUGUACUAAUAUAAUCAGAGGUUUGUAAGGAAAUAAAAUGAACACACUUGUUUGAACCA